CGAGUCCCGCGGCUGAGCGCGAUCCCCGCCUCUGGGCGCUGCUCUGCCCGCGUGUAGCGCGCGGGUGGGGCGGACUCAGGACCGCGGCGGCUCUGCAGGCCCCAGGAGCAACCGUCGCGGAAUCUCGGGCGGCCCGGGGCACGCGGGCUCUUCUAGAAGACCAGGCCAUCCGCCACUAGCCCCAUGGCUGCCAUGCAGAUGGACCCUGAGCUUGCCAAGAGCCUCUUCUUUGAGGGGGCCACUGUGGUCAUCUUAAACAUGCCCAAGGGGACAGAGUUUGGCAUCGACUACAACUCCUGGCAGGUGGGGCCCAAGUUCCGGGGUGUGAAGAUGAUCCCACCAGGCGUCCACUUCCUGCACUACAGUUCCGUGGACAAGGCCAACCCGCGGGAUGUGGGCCCUCGCAUGGGCUUCUUCCUGAGCCUCCAGCAGCGUGGGCUGGUGGUGCUGCGCUGGAAUGCGCUCCGUGAGGAGGUGGACCUGAGCCCAGCCCCGGAGGCUGAGGUAGAGGCCAUGCGGGCCAACCUCCAGGAGCUGGACCCGUUCCUGGGCCCUUACCCUUAUGGCACGCUCAAGAAAUGGAUCUCGCUCACCAACUUCAUCAGCGAGGCCUCUGUGGAGAAGCUACAGCCCGAGAGCCGGCAGAUCUGCGCCUUUUCCGAGGUGCUGCCCGUGCUUUCCAUGAAGCACACCAAGGACCGGCUGGAGCAGAACCUGCCGCGCUGCGACACCGAGUGUAAGAGCUACCAGGAGGGCCUGGCCCGGCUGCCCGAGAUGAAGCCCCGGGCCGGGACGGAAAUCCGCUUCUCCCAGUUGCCCACGCAGAUGUUCCCGGAAGGUGCCACGCCGGCUGAGAUCACCCGGCACAGCAUGGACCUGACCUAUGCCCUGGAGACCGUGCUCAGCAAGCAGUUCCCCGGCAGCCCCCAGGAUGUACUUGGGGAACUCCAGUUUGCCUUCGUCUGCUUCCUGCUGGGGAAUGUGUACGAGGCUUUUGAGCACUGGAAGCGACUCCUGAACCUCCUGUGCCGCUCGGAAGAAGCCAUGACCAGGCACCACGACCUCUACACGCACCUUAUCUCCAUCCUGUACCACCAGCUCGGAGAGAUCCCUGCGGACUUCUUCGUGGACAUUGUCUCGCAGGACAACUUCCUCACCAGCACCUUACAGGUUUUCUUCUCCUCCGCCCGCAGCGCUGCCGUGGACGCCACCCUGAGGCAGAAAGCGGAGAAGUUCCAGGCGCACCUCACCAAGAAGUUCCGCUGGGACUUCGAGGCGGAGCCCGAGGACUGCGCCCCGGUGGUGGUGGAGCUCCCCGAGGGCGCGGCGACCGGCUAGCGUGGGGGGGCCCCUGGCCUCCCCGCCACCCCUCCCUGGGUCCACAACA